UGUAAAGACAGUUGCCAAGAGCCACACAGUCAAAGUCGAAACAAUGGGCUCGUGAGCGGGGAGCGUUACAUAUCUGUUCGUUUUUUGUACACUUAUCAAGAGUGGGCGACUUAUGUGCAGUAAAUGUAAGACGAGCUCUUGCGAUACAACGACGUAGAUAAAAAGCAGAUUCAAGAGGAUGGGUCUUGAAGCAGUAUCAGCAAAAUGUUCGUCGGGUUCAUCAACCGGGAUCUGAAAUAGUGCUGGUAAAGCUACGUGUGCCCCUGAAAGACAGUCUUCACAGAAGAGCGGGUUGGCUUUUUGGGUCUCAUCCAAACAUGUCCUAAUGGCUCCCUCCUCGGGGUGCACUAGAUGCUCAGGCUUUUGUGACUUUCACCUCAACGAAGACAACGUAAGGUUCAUGUUGCUGGCUCUCCUAAUGGUAGGCUACCUGCUUUGCGGCGCCGCAGUUUUCUCAGCAAUCGAACACCCCACUGAAGUGGAGAACCAGAUAAAGUGGAACAGGACACUACUCAACUUCUCCCAGAGGUUCAACAUCAGUCCGGCGGAAUUUCGUCGCUUCCUUCGAGAAUACGAACUGGCGAUGGCUGCAGGAGUCAGAACGGAUGCAAUGCGACCUCGCUGGGACUUCACCGGAGCUUUCUACUUUGUGGGCACAGUCGUGUCCACCAUCGGGUUUGGAAUGACUACACCUGCUACUGCUACUGGCAAGAUCUUUCUCAUCUUCUAUGGCAUGAUAGGCUGUGCAGGGACGAUUCUUUUCUUCAACCUUUUUUUGGAACGUAUUAUUACACUUCUGGCUGUGAUAAUGAAGGCUGUCAGACAGGGUAAACUGCGGCUCAAUGGAGUAUAUCCUGAAAUCACUAUCCGGGCAGAAGAGGAGUCCCACUACCAAAAUCCUUGGAAGCCCUCCGUCUACAAUGUCAUGCUAAUCUUGGGGUUAGCUGCUGUUAUCAUUUCCUUUUGUGCGUCAUCCAUGUACUCACCAGCAGAGGGCUGGGAUUUUAUUGAUUCCUUGUAUUUUUGUUUUGUUACAUUUAGCACUAUUGGAUUUGGAGAUCUGGUGAGUGGUCAGAGAUAUACCUAUGAGAAUCAGGCACUGUAUGGAUUUGCAAACUUCACAUUUAUCCUCCUUGGCGUCUGCUGCAUCUAUUCACUUUUUAAUGUCAUUUCUAUUAUUAUUAAGCAGUUUCUAAACUGGAUUUUGAAGCAUUGCUGUUUAUGCCAGAAAAAGGCCCAGAGGCCACCCCGUCCUUUGGGAAGAAAGCAGAGAAUGGCUGUAGCCCCUGCAUCAACUGAUCGGUAUGGGCGUCCUAUGAGGAGUGAGGUUUCCAUGGACACAGAAGCUGUAUUUGAAAGUGAGACUGAUGCCAGACGUAUGUCUGUCGAAAUGAGUGCCAUUCGAGAUUUCCUAGCUUCAUCUGGCUCUAUGUGCUGCCAGGAAGAAAGUACAUCAGUCCCUAAAACAUCAGUCCAUGAAACAGCUAAUGGGCAUCUCAAGGUUGCUUGGAGUGACCAUCACCAUAAUACCCUCACAAGUAAUAUAGGUGCUGGUGGCCAUGGAUCACUUGCUGUUAUGGAAGAACAUGACCGUCAAAAAGGUCUUUUGGGAGACAUUGGCUCUCUUGCUGUCAUGAACAAUAAAUUAGCAGAAACAUGUGACCAUCACAAUUACAGUCAUGGCCUAAGUGUUGGAUGCACUGGUUCAUCCACCACUAACACAAGGCUGCAGCAUGAUGCUAGUGAUCAUCAUCAUCACCACCACCAUUAUCAUCAUCACCACCAUCAUCAGAAUCACCAGCAUCAAAGCAAACUAUCUAGUAGACAAGGUUCUCCCAUCAGCGAGACCAGGAGCCAUCACAGGUUCACAGUAUCCCCUGAUGUAUUACAACGCCACACAGAAGCAGGAAGUGAGACGGAAGAGCAAGGUGCUCGUUCUAGCGGAGUUGGCUCCUUGGCUAAUCUGGAGAGUGUGGCACAGACAAGUGGAGGAACCUCACAGAAUGGCUUAUCAUCCAGUGGAAUUGAGUCAACAACAGCUCUGCACCACAAAAUGGAAGAGGAAGAUUAUUCCAAAGACCGUGGGACUCCAGUAGGAGCCGAGACUUCACCUGCCUUGAAUGAUACAGUUCAUCCAGCACUCAACAACACCCAGGACCAUGGGACACAUAAAGGCAAGAACCCUGAAAAGCUCCAUUUGAACCAAUCCAAUCACAAAUCAGCAAACUCAAACCAUACACCAUGCAAAGACUUAAAGAAAGGAGGUCCAUCUAACAGUAUGGACCACCACAAAGAGUACGUCAAUAGUGCUACCGCAAAAAAUAAUCGGUUUCAUGGCAGUGUCUACCUCGCCAAGGAUGAAAUCUUGAGUGGAGUUGGUUCUCUGACUAUCAUGAAUGAUCGAUUUGCAGAGACCACCCACAUGAGGAUUUCUCAAUGUCAAAAAAAUACAGAACCUAAAGAGAAUGCUUAAGAAGAAAGGAGAAACUGUCAUGAACCUUGACCUUGUUAUGCAGGGAUUACAUUAGCUGGGCUUUGUUUGUGUCAUUGUUGUGAUUAAAGAAGGAGAGUUAGUAUAAAUAAUAAUGGCUUAGAAAGCCAUGUUUAGGAAGAAAGAGAGGGUUCAAAACGAGAUGAUGUAACAUGACAGAAAAGUAUAUUAAGUUGAAAUGUAUGCCUACUGCCACUUGCAGGGAGUGAAUAUACAAAGGUUACUAUAAGUGAAAGUAAAAUAAAAGUUCUUAGUUUAUUA